GUCAGACUGAGAGCACUGAGUCUGGAAAACUACACAUCUGAAAUAGUCUCUACAUAUCUACACAGUAGACUGUUAACAUAUUGACAAACACAUCAAAAAUGAGUGAUCAAGGAGAAGCUUCUGUCACAUUACAUUCUCACAGAAGUGAAAUGGAAAAAAGGAUGAGGCACAUGACAUCUGUAGUCUUAAAUGAACUGCGGCUGGAGGACAAACUGUGUGAUGUGGUGAUCAAAGUGGGUGACGUUGAAUUUAACGCUCACAAGGUCAUUCUCUGUAGCUGCAGCACGUACUUUCGCACUCUCUUCACCGGUUCUUGGGCAACCUCAGAAAGGCAGGUCUACGUUAUCCCUGGAGUGUUGCCUGAGAUCAUGAACCUCAUCAUCAGUUACGCAUACACCCACUCUGUUGCUGUGACAAAGGACAAUGUGGUGGAGGUUCUGGCAGCUGCAGACCAGUUCUUGGUCCUGGGGAUUGUUCAGGCCUGUUGCUUCUUCCUGGAGGAUCAGCUGUGCCUGAAGAAUUGCAUCGGUAUAUGGAGGCUGGUGGACUUCUACCAUUGUCCUGACCUGAGGCACAAGGUCUUCCUCUAUAUCCUUGACCACUUUCAGGAGAUAGUUCAUGACUCACAGGAGCUCCUGGAGCUCUCUGUGCAAGAGCUGGCCACUAUCAUCAAGAACGAUUGUCUCAAUGUGAGAAGAGAAAACACAGUGUUUGAGGCCAUCCUCCGCUGGAUUAACCACCUGCCUGAUCAAAGACGAGGUUACAUCUCUGUACUGCUGCCCAAGGUGCGGCUAUGCUUUAUGACCACUGACUACCUCCAAAAUAGUGUGAUCAACAACGCUUUGGUAAAGGACAGCAUCGAAUGUAUACCCAUCAUCGAUAAUGCAUUGAGGGCAUUUAUGGAUUUUAGGGCAAAUGGACCCUCAAACCUUGACUACAGUUCCCCACUGACCCGACCACGCCUGCCUCCUGUUAUUUUAUUGGCCACUGGAGGUAAAGAUGGCAGCAUUCCAGUGACCAGCCUCCAGGCCUAUGAUGUCCGGGGUGACCGCUGGUGCAAGCUGAGCACUGAGGAGAUUUGUCGUGCUCACCACGGUGCUGCUGUCCUCAACGGCUUCAUAUACCUAAUUGGCGGCUGCAGUCGUGAAGCCCACUUGAAUACCGUGCAAAGGUUUGACCUCAUCACCCACACGUGGCACCAGGUGGCACCCAUGAACUUCUGCCGCUGCUUUGUCAGUGUCGCCGUGCUGAAUGGCUGCAUCUACGCCUUGGGAGGGUUCAAUGGACAAGCUUACUAUAACACUGUUGAGUGCUACAGGCAUGAGAUUGACCAGUGGACUAUGGUGGCACCCAUGCGUACAAAGAGGUGUGGGGCCAGUGCUACAACUCUAAAUGGCAAGAUCUACGUUUGCGGGGGUUUCAAUGGGCGUCGCAGCCUCUCUUCGGCUGAAUGCUACAGCCCGGACACCAACCAGUGGACCGUGAUCAGCCAUAUGAGAACCUCCCGAAGUGGCCUUGGGGUGGUGGCCUACAAAGACCACAUCUAUGCGGUUGGUGGCACCUUCACCGGGGCAUCCCAUCUGUGCAGCGCUGAGGCCUACGACCCCCGAACCAACAGGUGGAACAUCAUACCGUCUAUGUCAACCCCCCGUAGCUACUUUGGCAUUGAGGUGGUGGAGGACCAGCUCUUUGUGGUUGGAGGACACGACGGCUCCACCGCCAUGUUUUCUGUGGAGCGCUACGAUGAGGAGGCCGGCAUGUGGUACGGUGCCUCCAACAUGGAGAUGCCCUGCAGCGGCCUGAGCUGCUGUGUGCUGCAUGGACUCUACACUGUGGUGGAGAAGUUGUUCCCUCGUGAUGCUGUGACGCUCACCAAUGUGGAGGAAGCUGCAGGUGGAUCCAUCUGACCCUCAGCUCAGUCCUGACACACGUCAUCCAUCCAUUAACUUCAUUUUAAAAGAAAUAAAAAAUAAAAAAAAUUUAUUCAUCCUUUGAAAGAAGAGGCACUGCUAUUAUUCCCUUAUAUGUACAUAAAUAUAUAUUUUCAUAUAUGUUUUAAUGUAUAUUUAUUUAUACUUUUACUUAUUAUAAUGUAUACAUAGACCAUAGUUACCUGUGUCUACAUUAAUUUGACUCUCUGGCUCCACCUGAAGGAUUUUUCAGUUGCACUACUUGAUUCAUUAUUUUUGCACUUAUAUAUUCACAGAUAUAUUUGCACAAUUCAUUUAUACAGUCUAAG